CUUCUCUCUUCUCCUCCCCACGCGACGCGAUAACGUGUUGAUUUUUUUUAUUUUUUUUGAAAUAUUUUUUGUUGGGUUUUUUGCUCGGCGGCGCCGCGGCGGCGGUGGCGGAGGCGGGGAUGAUGGAGACGGCGGCGGCGGCGAUGCUGGAGGCCGGGGUGGGGAGGUUCCGGGGGCCGAGCGUGGCGGCGCUGCUGGCGGAGAUGUGGGCGCCGCUGGCCGUCGCGCUCGCGGCGCUGGCGACGCUGCCCAGCCUUCUCCGGCGGCUGCAGGUGCUCAUCCUCCGCCUCCGCUCACGCGGCAAGGAGGUCAUCUCCUCCCACAUCUCCACCUACUACUCCUCCGGCGACGACUCCGACUCGGACGGCACCGAUGAGGACGAGGAGGAGGAGGACGAGGAGGAGAGCUCCUCCGGCGAGGAGGAGAAGGGGCGGCGGCGCGAGAGGAGGAUCGGGUAUUACGAGGGCGUUGCCGACGACGACGAGGACGGCUGCUUCCCGUGGGGCGGCACCGUGGUGCGGACGUGGCAGGAUCUACCCCGCCGCAUCUCAGGCGGGGCGAGGCUGCUCGCGCCGGGGACCUCCUCCGCCGCAGCCGUCCGCCUGUGGGACUCGAUCACGGCGAGUGGCGGCGGUGGGGCGUGGUGGGACGCCGAUGAAGGCGGCCGUGCCCCGGCCGCGGAGGCGCCGCCGGUGGUACUCGGCUGGCGCCGCGACCACCCCCACCCCCACGCCGACGAGCACGCCGCCCGCCGCCGCCGCCGCCGCCGCGCCGGCCUCCUCGCCGCCGUCGCGACCUCCCCCAAGUGAGACGUCACGGCACGGCACCGCACGGUGGGCAGGUGUGAAUACGGUUUAUUAGUCUUCCAGGUGGGCCCCACCUGUCAGUGGGGGAAAUAAGGGUGAUGGCCAUUUGGGAGGGUUGGUGUGGUGUGGUGGUGAUGGGGAGAUUGAUUGAUUUAGCUGGUGGGAUUUGCAAUAUUUAGGAAGAAAAUUAAUCAAAGUGAUUUAAAAAAUUUGGAGGAUGUAGGGGGCAAUGAUUUAGCUGUUGCACUGCAUCAGAAAUUCGCAAGAAGAGAUUGGAGAUUUUUCACAUCGGUUGAUGGUGAUCACACAUUGGGGAUGAUGAUGAUGAUGAUGAUCUAUUCAUGUAUGUACAAUUAAUUACUAGCUUUUGUACCACCAUUAAUUCUUUGAUUCAUGUUGUGGUGAUCAACAACAACAGAGAUGAGAAUGAUAAAAUGGGAAAAGCAUCAUUACCACUCUUUUUCUAGUCUUUCCAGUCCAUUUUGUCAUAUGCCCCCUACACAUUCUUCGAUUUUAACUUAA